CAUUCAUAUCUUGUUCUGCCUAUUGAGAGAGAGAGAGAGAGAGAGAGAGAGAGAGAUGAGUUCUGUGGAGGAUAAGCCUCAUGCUGUUUGCUUCCCAUUCCCAACUCAAGGCCACCUUAAUCCGAUGCUCAAACUAGCAAAAGUCCUUCACCAUAGAGGCUUCCGCAUAACUUUUAUCAACACCGAGUUCAAUCACAGACGCUUGCUCAAGGCCAGAGGUCCCGAUUCCUUGGACGGCCUGCCGGACUUUUGCUUUGAAACCAUCCCCGAUGGUUUGCCUCCCUCCGAUGCUGAUGCAACCCAAGACAUCCUAUCACUGUGUGACUCUAUCGCAAAGAAUUUCAUGGUUCCCUUCCGAAAUCUUCUUGCGAAACUUAAUGAUACUGUCUCCUCGAAUGUUCCCCCGGUGAGCUGCAUAGUUAGUGAUUUAAACAUGCAUUUCGCCAAUACCGUUGCCGAAGAACUGGGAAUUCCGAUCGUUCUGUUGUGUCCUGUGAGUGCCUUUUUCUUUCUAGGCGGGGCACAUACCCGCCGUCUAGCUGUCGAAAGUGGGCUACUUAUACCACCCAAAGAUGUGAGCCAUCUUCCAAACGGGUACAUGGACACUACAAUUGACUGGAUUCCUGGGAUGAAAAAUAUUCGCAUCAAGGAUCUCAGUAGCGUUCUAUUUGCAUCAGAUCCGAAAGGUAUCAUGCUGAACUUUGUUUUGGAGGUUUUAGAGAAAGCUUCAAAAGCUUCCGCUAUAGUUGUGAACACUUUUGAUGCAUUGGAGCAUGAGGGAUUGGAUGCUCUUUCUUCAUUGUUUCCUCCUGUUUUCUCCAUUGGCCCUCUUCAUUUGCUUCUCAGGCAGAUUCCACAGAACAAUUCAAAGUUGAAUAAUAUCGGUUCCAAUCUUUGGAAAGAUGAAGUUGAUUGUCUCGAAUGGCUCAAUUCUAAGGAACUCAACUCAGUUAUUUAUGUGAAUUUCGGCAGCAUCGCAGUCCUAACCCCACAACAAAUGGCUGAAUUUGCUUACGGACUUGCUAACAGCAAUAAAGCCUUCCUGUGGGUGAUUAGGCCUGACUUGGUGAAAGGUGACUCGAUGAUUGUAACCCACGAGUUUUUAAGUAAAACCAAAGAUAGAGGUAUUGUGGUAAGUUGGUGCCCACAAGAGCAUGUGCUUAGCCACCCAUCAAUCGGAGGAUUCUUGACCCAUUGCGGAUGGAACUCGAUGAUUGAAAGCAUGUGCGCAGGAGUGCCUAUGCUUUGCUGGCCAUUUGGCGACGACCAGAAGACAAACUGUAGGUUUGCAUGCAUUGAAUGGGGCAUUGGCAUGGAGAUCGAUUGUAAUGUGAAAAGAGAUGAAGUGGAGAAGCUUGUGAGAGAGUUGAUGGAGGGAGACAAGGGUAAGGAGAUGAAGAAACAUGCCACGAAGUGGCAAAAAAUGGCAAAGGAAGCAGUUGGUAUAAAUGGCUCUUCAAACUUAAAUCUCGACAAAGUGGUCAAGGAGGUGUUGCUACAGUUGAAUCUGUAGAUUUUUAUUUAUAUUUGUUGAAUAUUUUCUUGAAGAUUAACUUUAUCUACGUACGUAUAAUGCCUAUAGAGAUUUAGAUCAACUACUACCGAAAAGACUAUCCCAAGAUUGGGCUUGAUUGUUAAUGAAGGACAUUGAAAAGCACCUGUCUUUGAAUAUUGUAUCCACAAUGUCUAUGUUUGAGAUUU